AUGAAAUCUACUGCGUCUUUAUGCAGCUAUAGCUGGAAUGCACCAAGACAGGCUGGAACUUGGUUUCAGACUCAAACCCGUCGCUAUGCUUCCACGUCCACUUCUACCUCAACCUCGGCUUCAUCCGCGCCGACCGCUUCUCAGAAAAAUCGCUGGCUAGGUAUUGUCAUAGUGACCGGGUUAGCCGCUGGAGCAGGCGCAUACAUUCGAUCGCAAGGCCCUGGAUCAGUGACAUUGAACCCAGAAUGCUUCACCAAAUAUAGUCUUGUCUCUAGGGAGCCUGUCUCGGCCACAAGCAGCCUGUUUACGUUCCGGCCACGAUACGCCAGCGGCGACAACUACGAAGUCUAUGAGGAUGCAUGGCGCACUGGAGUAUGGAGUGUUAUGUUCAAACAGCCCCAGCUGCAAAUUGGACGGGAUUAUACACCUUUACCUGCGACCGCCGCCACAUCAUUGACCGUGGACGAGGAGAACGAAGGAUAUUUGCGGUUUUUCAUACGAAAGGAUCCAUUCGGAGAGGUCUCUCGAUAUCUUCACGGCCUUCAUGUUGGAGCAGAUGUUGAAAUGCGAGGACCGAAAAUCGAGUGCAUGAUCCCGGAAUCGACCCAGGAGAUAUUGUUCAUUGCUGGUGGAACAGGCAUCGCCCCGGCAUUACAGGCUGUAUAUUCCCUCCUUAACCGCACAACCAGUGAUAACCGACCGAGGAUACAUAUCUUAUGGGCCGUGCGAAGGAAUGAAGAUUGUUUCGGCGGCGAGAGUGACACUCCGAAAGUUCUAGAGUCACGGCGGUCCUGGACUUCGUGGCUUGGAUUUUCUGGGGGCGCUCAGGAACAGAAUAAGACCGUCUCACCAGACGUUCAUUCCAAAUCCUUGAUUGUGAAGGAGCUUGAGGCGCUCAAAUCGCAACAUCCAGGACAGAUCACAGUGGAUUAUUAUUUGGAUGAAGAGAACAGAUUCAUCGGAAAGAAGGAUGUAUCACACUUUAUUGAAUCAUCGCGCCCCGGUGAUUCACGAUACAAGAAAUUGAUCAUGGUAUCUGGACCUGAGGGCUUUAUCAGUUACAUGGCUGGGCCGAAGCUGUGGGCACAAGGGAAAGAGCUCCAAGGCCCACUUUUAGGAAUCAUUGAAGAACUUGAUUUACAAGAUUGGGCUGUAUGGAAGCUCUGA